UAUUGCUUCAAAUACUUACUCGUUUCUAGAAAGAUCUCAUCAUGAAGGCUGAGAAGAUUUUCGACCCAAACGCACUCAGAAGAUCUUUUUUGAAGACGAAGAAGCUGUGCGACAAUAUAUUGUGUAUUUUUACCCAGAUCAACGAUAUGUGGCCAGAUAUCUUCGUGUCAGUCUGGAAGGAAUCAAAAGAGCUAGCUUAUUGUCGUAUUCCAUCCAAAGAUGUUCUGGAUUCUCAGAUAGAAGAAGAAAAGGGAAAAAUGUGCGGUAAAGUGACCACCCUCUACCUGCAGCCAGAGAAGAAGAAAAUACCCAGAGCGAAAUUUUUCACCAAUACUGUCGGAAAAAUGGAAGUUCUUCUAUGGAUGGGCAUGGAGAAAUCCUACAUGGAGAUCUUGAAGAAUCUUCCAGGAGGUUACGAAGUGGCUGAUGAUUUAACAUCUCCUCACCUCCAUGUAUCCACCAAUGAAACUCAUGUGUUCCAAUGCAGAUGUCAUCUUUUCCAAGGCCGGAUAAGACCGGGCAACGAUGUGACAGCUUUGAGUGAUACAAUGAUCAGAAUACAUUUCGGUGACGAUUGCCAAGAAUCCACGAUAGAGAGGGAGACUUUGAACCCAGUCUGGAAUCAAACUCUCAUCUUCAAGAAAGUCACCCAAUACGGCAGCGCAAGUUUCAUAAAGAAAUAUCCACCUUCGAUUCUCAUAGAAUUGCUUGAUCGAGAUAAGCUUUUCUUCUGGGAAUUCAUUGGAAGAACUGCAGUGAAACCUCUGGUCAAAAUGAGAGACGAACCAUAUGGUCCACCUAGAUUUCCUCCAAAGCUGGAUUGGUUCAAGGUGUUCGAUAAGGACAGUAUUAGUGCAGAGAUCUUGGCUGCUUUCGAAAUGUUAGAGAUCACAGGAGACCCUGAGGACCACGAUGAAGAGGCUGAGAAGGAUAUUAUAAGAAUUCCUGACGAUAUAAAGCCAGAACUUGUCAGUUAUCGCAUGGAAGUUUACUUUUGGGGUCUCAGGCACCUAAAGAAAACAAAAGUUGGACGAAUCAAACACCCUAAAAUGAACAUAGAAUGCCUCCAGGCCAUGAUGUACUCCGACUCGUUGGAAGACACCAAGAACGACAGUAAUUUCGAAAACCCAAUCAAAAAUAUGGACCUGGUAUCUAACGAUAAGGUUGGUCCAGCAGAAUUUUCAUAA